GUGGCCCUCUUCCAGCCUGGGUAGAGCAGGGACUGCUGAGACGUUUCCUGCUGUGCCGGUUUAGGGGCUUCUCCGUGGUCUGGCCCCGGCCUCCCCCUCCACCGUCAGCAACCCAGGCAUGACGAGACCUGCACAGGGCGAGCUCCUGGGGAUGACGUGACCUUGCUGUUACCAGGAAACCGGCCUCGCAGGCCUCGGGGACGAAGCGAGUCAUUGGGAACUUCUCCACCCACUCGCGCGGGGCGCCCAGGCGCGCCCCGGUGUCUGCUGCCCCCGCGCGGCCGCCCUGCAGUCCUGCACCCUCAGGGGGCGCACCUGAGAGCCGAUGGGUACCCGGGGCUGGCAGAAGUCAGAGAGACAGGGUCUUGCUACGUUGCCCACACUGGUCUCAAACUCCUGGCCUCAAGCAAUCCUCUUACCUUGGCCUCCCAAAGCAUUGGGAUUACAGGCAUGAACCCCGUUCCUAGGCAGCACUUGAUUCCUGUUCCAAGAUCUGGGAAAAUGGGACCCGAAGAAAGCUUUGCUCUAAGACCUCCUUGGCCUUGUUGGGGUCAGACGUGGACUGAGGUUUCAGAGGAAGCAGUGGAGCGGCAGGAGCCAGAACCGAGAUCACCUCUAUAAUUUCCUGCUUCUCAAGAUCAACCUCUUCAACCACUGGGUAUCAGGGCUGGCCCAGGAGGCCCGGGGGUCCUGUAACUGGCAGGCCCACCUACCCCUGGGAGCUGCAGCCUGCCCGCUGGGCCGGGCUCUCCGGGCUGGGCUGGCUCUGAUCCAGGUCCCCGUGUGGCUCGUGCUACAGGGACCCAGGCUGAUGUGGGCUGGCAUGUGGGGCGGCACCAGGGCCCUGGGCCUGGCCUUGCUCAGUGCCUGGGAGCAGCUGGGCCUGUCUGUGGCCAUCUGGACAGACCUAUUUUUGUCAUGUCUGCACGGCCUGAUGUUGGUGGCCUUGCUCCUGGUGAUAGUGACCUGGAGGGUGUGUCAGAAGGCCCACUGCUUCCGACCGGACAGGCAGCUCAGUAAGGCUUUGCAAAUGAACUGCGUGGUGAGAAAGCUCCUGGCACAGCUGAGAUGUCUGUAUUGGUGGGUGGAGACUAUGACUGCCCUCACCUCCUGGCACCUGGCCUAUCUCAUCACCUGGACCACCUGCCUGGCCUCCCACCUACUGCAGGCUGCCUUUGAACACACGGCCCAGCUGGCCCAGGCCCAGGAGGUUGAACCCCAGGAGGUCUCAGGGUCUUCCUUGCUGCCCUCACUAUCCGGGUCCUCGGACUCGGAGUCUGGACUAGUUUUGUCAGAGCAAGAAACUCCCAGAGCAUAAAUGUAUCCCCAUCUGCCUCUC